GUCACUUCCCAUAGAUAGCAAAAGCGAAAAACUGCUUCGACCUCAAGCGGUUUAACAUUAAACACAGAAAAAGGCCAACCACGAUGUCCACUACGGUGCUUUGUGGUGGCAGGCGGUUGGUCAUCUCAAAGACCACAGGACGUCAAACACUCGCUGCUCUCAGGGUCACGAAAACUAGGACUUUUUCUGCUGCAAGUUCAGACGAGCCUUAUAUUGCUGCUUCACCUGCAGACUCAGGUCAAAGGACAGUAUGGCCAGACGAGAGCAUGGGACCAUUCGGACCUCAAGACCAGCGUUUUCAGUUACCAGGCAACGUGGGGUUUGACUGUCACCUGGAGGGACUCAAUCAAAGCAAGAAAACUCCACAAAACGUCCACAAAACUGUCCCCGACGUCCUCACAGCGCCCAGCAGCUCAGAGAGGCACCAUUUUGUCCUCGCGCAGUUCGUUAAUGAGUUUCAUGGAAAACUUGGUCCUAUUGCCACAAGAGUCCAGAAAGCAGAUCAUUACUUCAAUCAAACAGAGACAGACUGCACAAUAAACUCCUGUCCAGAGCUACUAAGAAAAGACCUGGAAUUGAUGUUCCCGACGGUGCCCCCCUCCGCCAUCACCGUGGUAACCGUCACACAGAAGAGCAGUCGCCUUGACGAUGUGCGGCAGGACGACCACCAGCUGUUUGACCGCUUUGUAAAUGGUGCUAAAGAGAUGUGCUUCGCUCUGUGGACAGCAGGAUACUGGGCCGACUUCAUAGACCCAACGACAGGGACAGCUUUUUUUGCAUCUACAUCGAGUCAAAAUCCCCUGAGCACAGAGGAGGAGCUGAGGAACCUCGGCUUUCACAUUGAAGUCUCUGCGUCCUGUACGGUGAUCAGACACAUCCUCAGAGGAACACCUAUGUUUGUAGGGACUGUUUUCACCAACGCACCGACCCACAGCGCUGCUAUCGCCCGGCUACAGGGGGUAACGAAUGUACUGGACGAGGAGGAAUAGCAAUUUUAGUGUGUUUAUGAUAUAUUGGUUAAGCUUUACUUUGUAACACAGUAAGAACAUGGGAAUAGCUUGGUAAAUGGGGUAACAAUGAAUUGGUUAUUGGCGAUAUCAGAGAGUUUUCCCAGAUAUCAGUCCAAUAUUGAAAAUUUAGCCAAUAUUUGGCACCUGCAUUGUUUCAGAUUUGUCUUUUUGAAUAGACUAAUGAAAACAAAUAUGGCUGAAUGUUGAUACAGUCAUUCAACAAAUGAUUUUAUAUCCCAGAAAAAUACAUUUUGUUUCCCUUCCUUGUACUAACGAGGCUUGAACUUGCCUUGCUUCUGAGAUUAGACAAGUUUGGGCAUUUCAGACAAGAUCAGGUAAAAAAAACAAAAAACAUUUUGUUGUUAAUAUCAAAAAAGCUGAUUAUACACAAUAAUAAUGCAAAUCUGUGCCAUCGGCCCCUCCAACCACGACCAGCAGUCACACAUACCACUUUCAUACUUGACAAUGUGGGUGAAGUGCCUUGUCUAAGGACACAAUGAGAGUUUUUCCCAUUGGCAUACCACACUAAAUAAAAGUAAGACAAGUGUAAGCUUUCAAAUAAGGGUAUGAAGCAAUAUUUCUGCACAUUUUUUAUACAAUACACAACAUAUGCGUUGGAGCACAUUUCUCACUGACUGAAAAAAAUGGGCAUAAUAUUGUCUUUGAGAGAGCCCAAAAAAGUUAUUUAUUUUUUAUCAAUAUCGCACUGUCCUAUUGGUUUCAUAAUAUCACCAAAAAAAUACUAACCAUGAUUAUGAAUUUGCGGUCUUCAUAUUGGUUUUGGGAAAAGCAUAUUACUAUGAACUCGAGUAGACAAAUGUGCCCUGUUACCAUUUUUCUGUCAUUAUUACACUUUUAUUACCAACCUACUCUAUGCUAUUACUGUGCUAUUACCACGCUAACUGUGCUGUAAAGUAAAGUGAUGUUUUAAGCCAAAAAGGCCUUUAUUUAUGUUUAGUUUAAGCUACCUGUGCACUGCAAAAAGUAUCAAAAUAUGUUAAAAUGACCUGAAUUCAGAACAUAGUUAAUAAUUUUAUAUUGUUUAGGUCUAAUUAUAAUGGCUUGGGUCUUUGAAGAUGCCCAAAAUGCUUUAAAAUGCAAUAUUCAUUCACCCCACAACAUAUUUAAACAUUUGGCAAGAUGAGUCAAGUGUCUUACUAAAGGACACAACAAUAAUAUGCCAUUGUAACUAAAUCUAAAUCUCACAAACUAAACUUCACAAUUGAAGCUUUGGUAUUCAAGUCAUGGAGACAUUUCUUUUUCCAGUGUAGUAGAGUUGGUCCUGCUGCAGUGAACAGUCGUCUGAUAUGUGCUUGUUUGUCUAAGGGACUUUAAUAUAAUCUAAUACUGAGAAUGUGAAUUGCUUGUGUUGUCCUAAUACUUUGAAUGCAACGUUUUCAGAUUUAUUACCUCAGUGAAAUGGACACACUACUUUGACUGCAGCUGAUAGUCUCUUUUAACUAUCUAGGGCCAAAGAACAGCACUCUAGUUUUAAUAAGAUUUUCAGGUUCAAAACACUUUCCUUUUACAGUAUUUCAAAGCAACAAACUGUACAUAAUGGUUUUAUUGAAGCACUUGUUACUGUCAAGAAAUAAAGUGACUUCCUAUUAUAUGAAA